AUGCCUAAGAAUAGCAAAGUGGUAAAGAGAGAUUUAGAUGAUGAAGUCAUUGAGUCUGUCAAGGACCUUCUGUCCAACGAAGACUCACCCGAAGAGGCUUUUAAGAAGAGUGAACUAAUCGUUGAUGUUCAAGAAGAGAAAGACACCGAUGUCGAAGAUGGAUCUGAAGCAGAUGAUGAAAGGCCCGCUUGGAACAGCAAGCUGCAAUACAUUCUGGCUCAAGUUGGAUUUUCUGUAGGUCUGGGGAAUGUGUGGCGAUUCCCAUACCUCUGUCAGAAGAAUGGUGGUGGUGCAUAUCUUCUGCCAUAUUUAAUACUACUUCUGGUAAUAGGAAUUCCCCUCUUUUUCCUGGAACUUUCUGUGGGUCAAAGAAUUCGGAGGGGCAGCAUCGGGGUAUGGAAUUACAUAAGCCCUAAACUGGGCGGGAUUGGAUUCGCGAGCUGUGUAGUGUGCUACUUUGUGGCUCUUUACUACAAUGUCAUCAUUGGCUGGACAUUGUUUUACUUUUCUCAGUCUUUUCAACAACCUCUUCCUUGGGACCAGUGCCCCCUGGUGAAAAAUGCAUCUCAUACUUAUAUCGAGCCAGAAUGUGAAAAAAGUUCCGCCACCACCUAUUACUGGUACAGGGAAGCUUUGAAUAUCACCAGUUCCAUCUCUGAAAGUGGAGGCUUAAACUGGAAGAUGACUGGCUGCCUGCUGGCUGCCUGGGUCAUGGUUUGUCUGGCCAUGAUCAAAGGCAUUCAGUCUUCUGGAAAAAUCAUGUAUUUUAGUUCUCUGUUCCCUUACGUGGUACUUGUAUGCUUCCUAAUCAGAUCUCUCCUUUUAAAUGGCUCAAUUGAUGGCAUCCGACACAUGUUUACCCCUAAGCUCGAAAUGAUGCUGGAGCCCAAGGUGUGGAGAGAGGCGGCAACUCAGGUCUUCUUUGCCUUAGGUCUGGGAUUUGGUGGAGUCAUUGCCUUCUCGAGCUACAAUAAGAGAGACAAUAAUUGCCACUUCGAUGCUGUCCUCGUGUCCUUUAUCAAUUUUAUCACUUCUGUCCUGGCGACGUUGGUGGUGUUUGCAGUCCUGGGCUUCAAAGCCAAUAUCGUGAAUGAAAAAUGCAUUUCACAAAAUUCUGCGAUGAUCUUGAAAUUUUUGAAAAUGGGGAACAUUAGUCGGGAUGUCAUUCCCCAUCACAUUAACCUUUCAGCUGUUACUGCGGAAGAUUAUCAUUUAGUUUAUGACAUCAUUCAAAAAGUAAAAGAAGAGGAGUUUGCUGUUCUUCAUCUCAACUCCUGUCAAAUCGAGGAUGAGCUAAAUAAAGCUGUGCAGGGCACUGGCUUGGCUUUCAUUGCCUUUACAGAAGCUAUGACUCAUUUUCCUGCAUCUCCAUUCUGGUCAGUGAUGUUUUUUCUGAUGCUGAUAAAUCUUGGACUUGGUAGUAUGUUUGGAACCAUUGAAGGAAUCAUCACUCCUGUUGUGGACACAUUCAAAGUGAGGAAGGAAAUACUAACUGUUAUCUGUUGCCUCUUAGCCUUUUGUAUUGGCCUGAUAUUUGUGCAGCGCUCUGGGAAUUACUUUGUUACAAUGUUUGAUGAUUAUUCUGCUACAUUGCCUCUGCUAAUUGUGGUCAUUUUGGAGAAUAUUGCCGUAAGCUUUGUUUACGGCAUAGAUAAGUUUAUAGAAGACCUGACAGAUAUGUUAGGCUUUGCUCCAAGCAGAUAUUACUAUUAUAUGUGGAAAUACAUUUCCCCUUUAAUGCUACUAACAUUGCUAAUCGCUAGCAUUGUGAAUAUGGGAUUAAGUCCUCCUGGCUAUAAUGCAUGGAUUGAGGAGAAGGCUUCAGAAGAAUUUCUGAGCUACCCGAUGUGGGGGAUGGUUGUCUGUUUCUCUCUGAUGGCUCUAGCAAUACUUCCUGUCCCACUUGUUUUCGUUGUUCGUCGCUGCAACCUCAUAGACGAUAGUUCCGGCAACUUGGCCUCUGUGACCUAUAAGAGAGGAAGAGUCUUGAAAGAGCCUGUAAACUUGGAAGGAGAUGAUGCAAGUCUCAUUCACGGAAAGCUACCAAGCGAAAUGUCGUCGCCUAAUUUUGGUAAAAAUAUCUAUCGAAAACAAAGUGGUUCCCCGACCCUGGACACUGCUCCCAAUGGACGCUAUGGGAUUGGGUAUUUGAUGGCAGACAUGCCAGAUAUGCCAGAGUCAGACUUGUAG